AUGACUCCCCAACCAUUUGACUCAACUACAACUACACCUCGCCUUAGUAUGGAACAACAUGGUUCCAUCGAGGGAAGUACCACCAACAAUCUUCACGAUAAGAACGAAACAGAUGUCGAUGUCGAGAACGCAGUCGAAACACCACAAAAACCCGAAACCCCCAGCGCAGAUCCCAACCUUGUCGACUGGGAUGGCAAUGACCCCGAGCACCCCCAGAACUUCACUAAUCGGCGCAAAUGGGUUAUCACACUGACCAUGUCCACCAUGACCGUAUGGAUCACCUUCGCAUCCAGCGUCUUUUCAACUGCGACAUUGGUGACUGCGAAGGAGUUCAAUGUGUCGACCGAAGUAAUGAUUCUCGGUACCAGUUUGGUUGUUUUUGGUUUUGCUCUAGGUCCGCUGUGCUGGGCACCGCUGAGCGAGCUAUACGGUCGUCGCAUCCCGCUGUUCUCAGGCUAUACCAUCUUCGCUAUCUUCCAGAUCCCCGUGGCUGUCGCUACGAACCUCGAAACCAUCCUGGUCUGCCGAUUUCUCAUGGGUGUCUUUGGCUGCUCGCCUUUGGCCGUGGUUGGCGGUGCCCUGGCUGAUAUUUGGAACCCCGUGGACCGCGCUGUGGCUAUCGCUCUCUUCAGCUCUGCUACUUUCAUGGGACCUGUUCUUGGCCCAAUUAUCGGUGGUUUCAUCACAGAUUCACACCUUGGCUGGCGCUGGACCGCAUGGAUCACCUUAAUUGCAUCCGGCUUCUUCGGUAUAAUUGCUUUCUUUGUCAUUCCCGAGACCUACGGCCCUGUCCUCUUGCAAAGGAGAGCUGCCCGUCUGCGCACUGAAACCAACAACUCGGACCUCCAUGCCUUCUUGGAUCUGCACAAGCCCACACUGUCAGAUAUCGUUACCAAGUACCUUUUCCGACCCUUCCAGAUGCUCGUGCAAGAGCCGAUCCUACUUGCCAUGACUGUCUACCUCGCCCUAGUUUACGGAAUCCUCUACCUAUUCUUCGAGGCUUACCCAUAUUCUUUUGGCGAAAUCCGCGGUUGGACACACGAAGGCGUAGCUGCCCUCCCAUUCAUCGGCAUUAUUAUUGGCGUUUUCCUCGGUGCCUCUCUCAUCAUAUACACCACGAAGACCCGUUUCGCCCGCAAACUUGAAAAGCACGGCAAGGUCGUUCCCGAAGAACGUCUGGUACCAAUGAUGAUCGCCUCUGUGUUGCUGCCAAUCGGUCUGUUCUGGUUCGGCUGGACUUCCAGCCCACACAUCUCCUGGGUCCCGCAGGUCAUUGCCGGCGUGCCUAUCGGUCUGGGUAUCCUGGUCAUCUUCAUGCAAGGCCUCAACUACAUCAUUGAUGUAUACAUGAUGUUUGCCAACUCCGCUAUCGCGGCGAAUACCCUCAUCCGUUCAACCAUGGGUGGCGCCUUCCCGCUCUUUGCUACGCAAAUGUACCGGGAUCUAGGAGUGGCUUGGGCAUCUAGUGUUCUGGGUUUUAUUACUCUGGCUAUGAUUCCCAUUCCUAUCUUGUUCUUCAUUUAUGGUUCUAAGAUCCGGGCUAUGAGCAAGUUCAGUCCUAAGUUCUAG